UGGUAGCUGGGGUAGGCUAGGUCCUUUUCACGUCUCAGGCCCUCGGAGGAAGCCGAUUGAGAGAGGGGUGAAUGUUCUGCUAAAAAAGGCAAAUCCGGGGGAAGCAGACGAACAUAACGAAUGAUUCUACUCGUUCACAAAGAGACAGGCGUGAUUAGAAACUCAGUCCGAUCAAGAAUAGGCCUAUAAGCGUUCUGAGCUUUGAUCAAUGCUGGGAAUAAUAUUUAGAUGUUGAUCCGUAAUUUAUUUCUUGAUUGUGUAUAAAAUAUAUAAACAGGCUAUAUAUAGUUUUUAUUUUAUUUUUACAAAUGAGGAAAAAUGACCGAGGUCCGGAUCUCGUACUCAUAUGUAUUUACAGCUCUGUGUGUGCAGGUUAUGCUUUUAAUAUGACUGAAGGCUCUACUACCGACUGAAGCGAUGCGCUCGCCUUCAACCACCAAUUUCACGGCGCUGUUUGUUUGCGCAUGGCCAGUCGCUCUCGAGGUCUUUCCGUUUCACUCGCAACCGGCAUCUUUGUACAAAAAAAAUCUUAUCACUGGUGCAUCAACACCUGGGGUGUUCAGCAAAAUAAUUCAGGGUGGCAUAAUUUAACGACAUGAGCAGAUCCACUGAAUGUCGAUGGAGUCUGUGAAAUCCGUAGAGCUCCAUGAAUUGGGGGAUGGGGACAAGCGCGCUGCCUGCGAGGCCGCUACAACUCCGGGACAAGGUCCUCGGACAGCGCCCAGAGCUGGAAUCGAGAACACGUCAUAUCAGGAAGAAGAGCACGAGAUGAGGUUCAGUGACCCAGCCAGCUCGAGUGUUCAUCGGUCCAUGUCUAAUGAUAGGGGCUACCAGGCACAACCCCAGCCUUUCCAGCGAAAUGAGCUGUCACCCCGGUCUGAGGAGGGCCAUGUGACUGACUUCAAUGACCAUUCUGUCGACUAUGGGUUCAUAUCUGCCCUGGUGUUCUUGGUGGGUGGAAUAGUACUGGUAAUCAUUGCCUAUACCAUCCCCAGAGAGGCUAAGGUCAACCCAGACCUGGUGUCAGCUCGUCAGAUGGAGAAACUGGAGAUGUACUACGCACAACUGGGCUCGCAUCUCGACAAGUGUAUCAUAGCAGGCCUGGGACUGUUGACUCUAGGGGGAAUGCUCUUGUCCAUCUUGCUAAUGGUGUCCAUAUGCAAAGGUGAGCUGUACCGCCAGAGGACUUUUGUCCAACCCAGGAAGACGUACGGGUCGAUUCACCUGCGGAUGAGACAGUUGGGCGAGGGGGCAGAAUCUAUUGUUGAAUGUGAACCUAGUCACACUGACACCACAGCUCCAGCCAUAAGUACAGAUGGAACACAGAUGUCCAGUGGGACCCAACAGGAGUAGCACAAUCUGAGCACAUUUCUAUCCACAGACUAUGUGAAGGGUUGUAAUCAUUGCUUGAGGGGCUUUGUGAAAAGUGAAGCAAGCAAGGUAAGCUGAAUGUGGUUAAGACUAAGAGCACAUCUGGAACUACACAUCAUUUAUUGUUGGAUGUAGGAUCAAAUCAGAGACUGAGAUGGAACUGAAAAGCACAAUGGGCACCCUUGAGGAACUCAUUGUAUAGGCUAACUUGACAUGCUGUAAACAGAUGGCUAUCAGCAUCUUUUCAAGACUUGAAUAUAUGUCUGGAUAAUAUAUUUAUCACAUUGUUAAUGAACAAAACAUGUACAAUAUGUAUAGGCCUAUAAAUGCUGUUGUUGUUGUUGUUAUCAUGUACGGAUACAAUGCCUUAAAAAGUUAGUCACUGUAAAUUGUGUACACAUAUGCUAACAUUCUAAGCUCAUGUGAGCCAAUAAGCCAAGUUAAAUAUGUAUCAACUCACUGGAGCCACUUAACCUGUUGGUUGUUAUUAUAACGUGGUCUUGGCAAGAAUAUACAGCAGCACAAACAAUAACAUCGAAGCAAGUGAAAUGUUAGAUAUGCAAUCAGAGGCUUUGGGCCAGGUUUUUGAUGAAUUUAAGAAAACAACAGAUUAUUUUAUUUCAUAAUGAUGUAGAAAUAUAGAUACCAAAUGUGGAGAACCGGCAACAACUUUUCCUCCAAAAUGUGUUAAGGAGAAUGUCCACACACACAUACCAUCAUGCAAGGUCUUGACCAAAGAAAUGGGGUCAUAAUUAUAUACUAUAAUUGUCCCAGUUGUUUGCUACAAAUUUAGCCUUUAUCUUUAAAAAUACAUUAGAGCCAUUUGGUAACAUAGAUCAUAUAUCAUAGAAGUCCUUAUGAAACUUUGCAAUGGAAUAAUGGAGCUGGAAGAAUAAAUCUCUCUCUUUCUCUCUCCCCCCUCUCUCUUUUCAAAUCAGCAUGUUAAACAGCAGCAGCACAAUAUUUAUUUAUUAUAAAUAUCAAACAUUCAUGAUAAUGAAAUAUAUCGCCUCCAGAUAAGUUAUUAUCCAAAUGAAAUAUUACUACAGACCAAAUUAUUUAAUGCAAACCAAAGGCCUUUUCAAAUGAUUUAAUGGAGAAAGCUAAUCACUUAUAAAGAAAGUGGUAAGAACAAAGUACGAGUAUACAGAUGAUGAUUUUCUUACCAUCUGGUGAUGCAUUACAUAUAGAGCAACUGAAUGAGACAAUUUAUAAAGCUCAGAAAGCAUAUUAAUGAUUUAAAGCUAAGGCUCCUUUAACAUCAACUGAGGCUAAGGAUUUGGCAAUUUGUCUUCUCCUACAAUUCAACUGCGAAGUUGAUAUCCAUUCAGUGUAUGUAAUAAAUGUAAUAGCCCAACAUAAAAACACAUCUAAAUCAGAGUGUAUUAGUCACAUGCACAGGGUUAGAUGUGUUUGCAGGGUACAUUGAUAUUCGUAUGCUCAGCUCCAACAAUGCAGGUCAAAGAGAAGUGAGUGAAACAAUAAUAACAAAUAGUAAUAGAAAUAAUACUAAGUAAAAUAAUAUAUAAUAAUCAAAUAAUUCAAAUGCUGUGUUGUACACUCAUUGUUGGUCUAUAUUGGCAAGUGCACUUUUGGAAAGGAGGAGCACAUUUUCCUGGAAGAAAUUACAAAUAUCUGGCUUACUGCUAUUAGUCAUAUAUACUGUAAGUUAUGUAAAGGUGGCCAUUGUUUUAAUUUUGAAUCAUGGAGUUAAUAUUAUAUUCACAACAAAUAUAGACAAUAUAUCAGAGAAUUAAGUUUACAGAUAUUUAACAACUAUUUAUAUACAGUAUAUAUACAGAACCAUUGUUGGAUCAAUGUAUCGUAGAAAAUAUUUGACCUCCAUAAUUGCUGCUGUUCACGUCAUAGGCCUACUCAUAAGUAUUGUACAUUGAUGAAACUUGCAGAGUAAUCUAGCUGUAGAUAUCAGUUCAAGGUUUUAGGAGGCUUUUUCUUAUAAUGGUGUUUUCAACAAUCAAUAAAGUGUCUGUCUAUAGGUUAUGACCAAGAGUAAUGUUGCAUUGCUUGUUAUUCAAACUGUUAAAUAGAGAGGAUCCGUUGAAUGUCCAUGUUAAUCUGAUUGUGUUUGAUGAAUGUUAGGUAAUGUUGUAUUACUACAGAGAUGUUGGACUCAUAAAGACCCUGCUAGUCUAAGUUUUCAGUUAUUACACGUGAAUACAUACAUUUCACAUAUGCACAACUGGAAUACACUUCAAUACCUUCUCACUUAGUUUGGGUACCAGUCUGUUUUUGCCAUCAUGCCACUCUUUGCCACUCUUUGUCAUGCCAAAGGCGACAAUGAGUUGACAUGAUAGCACCAACAUGAUCUGGGACUAGGCUACUUCUCACUCAAAAAGGUGAACAACUGUAGCAUCACAAUAAUGCUCACAGUAUUCAUAUUAUGGUUGAUGCAAUACUGAUGUAUGUUGACAUUUGACGAUUGAAUGACGGUUAGCAUGAUAUCAUCUUCACAUUUUACACACAAAAACCACACAAGAACUUAUGUUAUCACAAUUACAGUUGAAGUUGGAAGUUUACAUACACCUUCGCCAGAUACAUUUAAACUCAGUUUUUCACAAUUCCUGAC